GCGGCUUCAGCACCACGGACAGCGCCCCGCCCGCGGCCCUCCAGCCCGUGGCGAGCUGAGCGGUCUGGGCGAGGCGGCGAGCUAUGCCAGCAGCAUGGCCCGGCGCUCGGGCCCUAUGGCACUGCUCCUCAGCUUCAGCCUCCUCGGGCUGUGCCCAGGGGUCUGGGGUACAGAUACAGAGGAACGACUGGUGGAACAUCUCCUGGACCCUUCUCGUUACAAUAAGCUCAUCCGUCCAGCCACCAAUGGCUCUGAGCUGGUGACAGUGCAGCUCAUGGUGUCACUAGCCCAGCUCAUCAGUGUGCAUGAGCGGGAGCAGAUCAUGACCACUAAUGUCUGGCUGACCCAGGAGUGGGAGGAUUAUCGCCUCACCUGGAAGCCAGAGGAGUAUGACAACAUGAAGAAAGUCAGGCUCCCAUCCAAGCACAUCUGGCUCCCAGAUGUGGUCCUGUACAACAAUGCUGAUGGCAUGUAUGAAGUAUCCUUCUAUUCCAACGCUGUGGUUUCCUAUGACGGGAGCAUCUUCUGGUUGCCUCCUGCCAUCUACAAAAGUGCAUGCAAGAUCGAGGUAAAGCACUUCCCAUUUGACCAGCAGAACUGCACCAUGAAGUUCCGUUCAUGGACCUAUGACCGCACGGAGAUCGACCUGGUACUCAAGAGUGAUGUUGCCAACCUGGAUGACUUUACACCCAGUGGUGAGUGGGACAUCGUGGCACUGCCGGGCCGGCGCAAUGAGAAUCCUGAAGACUCCACAUAUGUGGACAUCACAUAUGAUUUCAUCAUCCGCCGAAAACCGCUCUUCUACACCAUCAACCUCAUCAUCCCCUGCGUGCUCAUCACCUCACUGGCCAUUCUGGUCUUCUACCUGCCAUCCGACUGCGGUGAGAAAAUGACGCUGUGCAUCUCUGUGCUGCUGGCGCUCACUGUCUUCCUGCUACUCAUCUCCAAGAUCGUACCGCCCACUUCCCUCGACGUGCCCCUCGUGGGCAAAUACCUCAUGUUCACCAUGGUGCUUGUCACCUUCUCCAUCGUCACCAGCGUGUGUGUGCUAAACGUGCACCAUCGCUCCCCGACCACGCACACCAUGGCCCCGUGGGUCAAGGUCGUCUUCCUGGAGAAGCUGCCGGCCCUGCUCUUCAUGCAGCAACCGCGGCACCACUGUGCCCGCCAGCGGCUGCGCAUGCGCCGGCGCCAACGUGAGCGCGAGGGAGCGGGAGCCUCGCUCUUCUUCCGCGAAGCCCCCGGGGCCGACUCGUGCACGUGCUACGUCAACCGCGCAUCCGUACAGGGCUUCGCAGGGGCCUUCGGGGCUGAGCCCGCUCCGGUAGCUGGCCCUGGAGUACCGUGCGGCUGCGGGCUCCGGGAGGCGGUGGAUGGCGUGCGCUUCAUUGCAGACCACAUGCGGAGUGAGGACGACGACCAGAGUGUGAGCGAGGACUGGAAGUAUGUCGCCAUGGUGAUUGACCGCUUGUUCCUCUGGAUAUUUGUCUUUGUGUGUGUCUUUGGCACCAUUGGGAUGUUCCUGCAGCCGCUCUUCCAGAACUACACUGCCACAACCUUGCUCCACCCAGAUCACUCGGCUCCCAGCUCCAAGUGAGGCCCACUCCAGCUCCGUGCUCCUUCACCCCUUCGUCCUCUGUUGUACAAGAGUGCAAGGUGGAGGAGGGAUGAACAAGCUACCAGGCAGAGGGG